AUGCUUCCUCCACAGUACGCCAUAAAUUCCCUUGAUACUUACGCUGACGUCGUACUACACCGCAGACAACACCAACACUAUUACGAUGAUUUUGCUAGGUCUGGGGACGAAUUUGACUCUUCUCCGUCUCCACCGGAACGCAUCAACAACCGUGCUCGAGCCUUUGCAAGUCAUCCGUCAACCAGCCAUGCAUUUUACUCAGGUGCUGCACAACCUUAUUGGGAAGACUAUGGAAGCGUUACUCCCGAAUACACACCAAGCCCUGUCAAUUAUACUGUUGUGCAGACCCAGAAUCAGGCCCACCAUGAUGUUCCACAGAGAAUUCACCACCCAUACCAGUACUCUGGAGAAACUCACUAUGGAAACUCCAAUAAAAUUACAAACAAUUUCGAGUCUAAUUACGGCACCUUGUGUAAUGAUAGGCCUGGUGGUCAUACGCAACAGAAACCCCAACCAGUGCGGUUGCGCCCUGUUUCCGAACUUCCGGAUAUGUUUCGCAGCAUCUUCAAGUUUGGUGUUUUCAACGCUAUUCAGUCGACCUGCUUUGAUGCAGUACUUCACUCGAAUGAGAAUAUGGUUAUUAGCGCGCCCACUGGAAGUGGCAAGACUGUUAUUUUUGAAUUGAGCAUUAUCCGCAUGGUCACCGAUCCUUCGAGCACAAACGAAGCCACUAAAUGCGUCUAUGUCGCCCCAACUAAGGCCCUCUGUACGGAAAAAUACAAGGAAUGGACCGCCAAAUUUGGCAGUCUUGGGAUACCCAGUUGUGAGCUCACGGGCGACACUGUAGUCUUCGGCAAGGGCGUGUGGGGUGACGCCAAGAACGCUAGAAUCAUUGUUACUACAGCACGUUUCCAGUCUGCUCAUGUUUUGAAAACACUGCUUACAAUAUCUCAGGCCGAGAAGUGGGAUAGUCUCACAAGAAACUGGGAUGAUCAUAGUCGUAUAUUAUCUCAGAUCAAACUUUUUCUUGUGGACGAGGUUCACAUCCUCAACGAAUCUCGCGGCAGCACCCUAGAAGUCGUUGUCUCUCGUAUGAAGGCAAGAGGAUUCGAUGUUAGAUUCCUUCUUGUAUCGGCAACAGUCCCGAACAUCGAAGAUGUUGCAAGCUGGAUUGGGAGUAAUCAUGCGUCUAGUGAUGAUCCCGGUCAAAUAUUUCAGUUUGGUGACGAAUAUCGGUCCUGUAAACUCACUCGGUUUGUUUAUGGCGUGGUCAAGCCGAAAGGUCAGAAUGACUUUGCAUAUGCGCAUACUCUUGAUACCCGCCUAUUCACCGUUUUACAACAACACGCCGUUGACAAACCAAUUCUCGUGUUCUGUCCGACGAGAAAAGGGACCAUCACAACCGCCAGGCAAUUGGCUAAAGAAUAUGAAGAAACCAUGAAGGCGAAACGGCUGCUCCCGUGGAGCAUGCCUUUGCAGAUUGACCAGACUUUCCAUGACAAAGAUCUCGCUCCUCUGGCUGCUUUGGGAAUCGGCGUGCAUCAUGCUGGACUCACUAUCGACGACAGGAAGACCAUCGAAGACCUGUAUCUGCGUAAAGUAUUACGAGUUCUUCUGGCUACGUCGACUUUAGCGGUCGGAGUCAACUUGCCUGCCCAUCUGGUCGUCAUAAAGGGCGUUAAACUAUAUCAAAACGGCGAAUCCAAAGAGUACUCGGAUCUCGAUGUUAUGCAGAUGAUGGGACGAGCGGGUCGCCCACAAUUUGAUACUGAAGGAGUUGCUAUCAUUUUAUGUGAAACUGAACUCGAGAGGAAAUAUCGCGAUCUCGUUCAGGGUACCACACCUCUGGAGAGUAGUCUGCACACAAAUUUGACCGAGCACCUAAACUCUGAAAUUGGUCUGGGAACUAUUUCCGACGUCAAGACAGCACAGGAAUGGCUUCUCCGCUCAUUCCUCUAUCGCCGAAUACAAAAGAAUCCACAGCACUAUAAUAUCGGAAAAGACGACCGCCAGUCUUGGCAGGACAAGGUGGACAGCAUUGUGAUGGACAGUAUCGAGCAGCUACGGGAAACCGAGUUGGUCACUUAUUCAGCGCGCAAUGGAGAGCUGAGUUCUACUGAAUUUGGCGAUAUUAUGAGCAAGUUCUACAUUCGUCGUGGGACGAUGAAGGCAAUCUUGGACCUCUCUCCAACUGCAUCUUUGCGCGAUAUUCUUGAGAUGAUAUCCACCUCGGAGGAAUUAUCCGACCUCAAAUUACGAAGUGGUGAAAAACAGGUAUAUGAGAAAAUCAGGCGCCAUAAUGAUAUUCGGUUCGCAGUCAAAAAAAUUCAAGGCACGAGUGACAAAGUGUUCUUGCUUAUGCAGGCGGUUUUAGGCGGUCUACCCUUAAAUAGUGCCGAAUACAGAAACGGGGAGAGUCAACCAUGCCUUGAGGCAUUAUCGGUUUUUCGUCAUGUUAGCCGGAUUGCCUUAGCGGUUGCGGAAGUUGCCAUCAUAAAGAAGAACGGAGCGCAAGUGAAGCACGGACUGGAAUUAGUGCGUUGUCUUCGUGCCAAGGCAUGGGAAGAUAGACCGAUUGUCCUGAAACAAUUAGAAUAUAUCGGCGAAAAAUCAAUCAAGCUCCUCAAUCGCAGAUCCCCCUUUGGUUCUGAAGUUUUGUUGGCUGCUAACGAGCUACCGAGUUACUUCCUCACCUUGACGGAAGUGAAGGUUUCGCCUAGCGAUGGGAAAUGUCCAGUAGAUAUCGAACUCUCCGUUGAAUGUGGCCUCCUCUUGGACAAGAGAGCCUCUAUGGGGUCCAAGAAACAUAAGAGGGGUGGAUUCGAUAUGACAACUCUUCUCACCAUUACCUCCGAUUUCGUGUUCAUUGACUUUCGCCGUAUCUCGACGAAGGUACUGAGGGAAGGGAAAUCCUUCGUAAUCAACGCGCAGCUUACCAGACCGAGUCAGACCAUCAACGUCUCGAUCUCUUCAGAAAAGAUCGCUGGGGUUACCGUAACUGAGAGCUUCAAGCCUUCCUUACCCACAAACAGAUAUCCAACGCUCAAUACUCGCCCGAUGACUUCUUUGGAAAUGGAUUUGGAAGGGCUGGAAGAUGUUGCCGACUUUUGGGAUAUGGGACCUGAUGACGAUGACGAAUUGAAUCUCCCCAUUAAGGAUCUCACUCGACCCCGUAGCCCGCUGCAAAGCAACACAUCAGCACAAAAGAGUAUCAACCCUCACAAAGAGAAGACAAUGAAAUCUGUCUCGCGUCCUACAGUGAAGGGGGAUGGUCUGAGUACAGCCAAUACGCCCGUGCAGGACGACGCACAGCCUAAAAAACGCUCAGACGGGAAAUAUAACUGUAAUCACACCUGCAAGGAUAAAUCUGCUUGCCGUCACUUUUGUUGCCGUGACGGGCUCACAGAACCUUCUCGCGUCCCAAUAAAGAACACAAAGCCCGGCCAUCUGCUGAGUUCAAAGAAAGCUCACAACUCCUCCAUCGACCUGUCAUCUACUGGGCCCAACAGUCGAGUUACCGCUCCGCUUGGCGACGUCCCAAUUCCCAAGCGACAAAAGACAACCAAACGUGAUCUAGUUCUUGAGCAACGCGACUCGCUUCAUACAGGUGCUGAUGCCAAUGGAAAGUUCAGGCUCUCUGAAGGUCAACGGCUGAAACAAGAUGCCUCAGCACUUUCGUCAAGGAAACGAAAACCAGCCCCAAACUUUGAUAUCGAGCUCGUCACCUUGAAGUGCUCACAGUCACCGCCCUCCUCUAAGGACAUACUUAGUGACUCACAAUCAGAUGACGACCUUGCGAAUAUUUAUGAGCUUCUGUGCGAAGGAAAGGAUGUUCGCUCGAAGGAUCACUCGAGCUCAGAGAAUGGUGCGCUAGUUCGAGAUGACGAUUUUAACGACACCGCGAUGGAUGCUUUCUCCCUGACUCCCUCUCCCACUCGCAAACGGGCAUGCGACCCUCUACCUCCCGAUAGCUCGCCCCCUCGGAAGCGUCUGAAGGGCAAUAACGCGUCAUACAGGCCUUACUCCCCGAGACAGGAAUCAGCGAACGACGACCGUCGUACGAAACGCUUCAAAUCUUACAAGCUCUUCGGUUCCCCCUCUGCCCUACUGGCUGCAAAGGAGGGCGAUAUUCCUGUCCAGUCCACAAAUUCCCAUUCGCUCUUUCUUGCAGGAUCCUCCAGUGUUGAGGUUGGCAUCCAAUCACUAUCCAAGGUCUCCCAGCAACAGCCCUCUGAUGACUUCUUCUUUGAUGAAUCUUACUUUGACAUCCUGCCGGAGCCUCAACAGGCAGUGGAACCUUCUCUCCGUGAGGAUAAAGAGAAGACUGGGGCGUAUAUUCGGGCCACAGGAAUCGCACGUUCUGGCGCGGAGCUUCAGGCUACAUCGCAAUGUCUCCAACCUAGUAGAUCCCAGCCACAAUUUGGUGUACAAAACAACACGAUCAACCAGCCUUACCCUCCUCCAGUCUCCUUCAGGCGAACGAACCAAGAGAUAAAAGCUAAAAACGCGGCCGAUGUUGAUGUCCUUGCUGAAUUCGAAAGUUGGUUGGAGAGUGGUGCAGUUGACAUUGUAUAA